CUUUAAACCAACAUGAUGUCAACAAAGGAGGCCAAAAGACCAAAGGAAACAUACCUAUAUAGACUUCCUUCUUAAACCCUCAAUUGCUCACCAAUAACCGUUCUUGGGUAAUUUUUUGCUAUUUAACCGUGAAUCCUGCUUGAUUUAAGCUUAUAUGUGGUUGCAGGUGCCCACUUUUGAAUCCCUGCUUAAUUAACAUCGUCAUAUGUACCUUGAGGUCCUAUACCUAAUUUCAACAACAUCAUCAUCAUCGCCAUGUGUUUUGGAAGCAAGAAAGAGGCGAAUAAUGACCCUGCGCCUCGUCCCGCGCAGAGGCCGGCAUCUUCUCAGAGUCAAGGAGAUGUAAAGAAGAGCAAAUACAACCCUCAAAAUGACCCAAAUCAAUAUGCUGGAGAGUCUAGCUAUUCUGCGCCCCCAGGGCCUCCCCCAGACAGAAAACAGGCCUCGGAUUUUGCACCACCUCCGGGACCACCACCUGGUCAAUCUUCAUCGCCGCAAUAUUCUGCUCCUCUAGGACCACCGCCGGGCAAGGCCGCAGCGCAGUAUGAUGCACCUCCAUACUCUGCACCUCUAGGGCCUCCACCAGGCCGAGGAGACUACGCGCCACCACCUGGACCUCCGCCCAAGCAUGACUGGGAAGUGGCAGUGCCGGAUACUUCACUGUUCCCACCACCACCCGCUAUCUUCAGCGGUUACGAUAGGUCUCCUACAAGCAAUGCUACUGAGGAAGAGGCCAAUGCUGGCGAGGAUUGGUGCCAGUCGUAUCCAUUGACAGCACCCAUUAACUUGGACCAGACUGGAAAGACAGCUCUCCAGGCAGGCAACAUUCGCCUCAUGGAGCCCGUGGGCUUCAGUGGUAAGCUCACUUGGAUGGAACCAGGACAUUGGCAAGGUUGGAGUAAGAAGAACUCACCUGACCGUUGCAUUAUUGGUUACCCACCUCUCUACUCAGUAACUGAGCAUGACCCUGUUCGCCUCGGCCAGCCCAAGACUAUCUACUACGAAGUUAAGCUUGCGCGCGACAGCCCUGAGGUAUUCAUCGCCCUGGGUUUCACCGCGCUACCCUAUCCUUCAUUCCGCAUGCCAGGCUGGCAUCGCGGAAGUCUAGCGGUACAUGGUGACGACGGACACAAAUACGUCAACGAUCGCUGGGGUGGUCGCGAUUUCACUCAGCCUUUCAAGCGCGGAGAGACUUACGGUAUUGGCAUGACAUUGCGUUCUGUUGGUGGACCUAAACCGCAGGUCGAUAUCUUCUUUACGCGCAACGGUACGAUGACGGGUGGGUGGGCGCUCCAUGAGGAGACUGAUGCUGAGCAAGAUCUACCGGUUACGGGAUUGGAGGGUUUCCAUGAUCUAAGUUGUGCUAUUGGAACGUAUGAUGGGAUUAAGUUUGAGGCAAUGUUUGAGCCGUCAAAGUGGUUGUAUAACCCGUUCCAGUUCUAAACGUAGAACGGGCUGGUUAUGGCCAAGAUGUAUUCUCCGUUGGGUUUUUAGGUUAUAAUAGAUAGAUUCUUAAUGGUAUUCAGUAAACGAAA